CAUUUCUCGCGACGCUCCGUGCACCCGCCCGACGACCUUUCCACUGCCGCACGGCCCCACGGACGUCGUUCGUGCCAGAGGCUUUGCUAUAUCGUCUCCUGCCGACAACGAUAACCCUUCAUUGGUGACUAGGAGCUGCGCAGACAGCCCAUUGCAGCACAGGCUUCGGUGGGGUGCCAUUCCCGUUCCCGACUCGGAGGAGAAGCCGCCGCCAUGUCUCGGGGCGAUGCCGGCAAGAUUUACAGCGCAACGUACAGCAAUGUGCCGGUGUACGAGCUGACCGUGGAGAGCAAUCAUGUUAUGCGUCGCCGCUCGGACGACUGGAUCAAUGCGACCCACAUCCUCAAGGUCGCCGACUACGACAAACCCGCGCGCACCAGAAUCCUCGAGCGAGAGGUGCAAAAGGGCGUGCACGAGAAGGUGCAGGGUGGGUAUGGCAAAUAUCAGGGAACCUGGAUCCCUUUGUCGGACGGAAAAGAUUUGGCGACAAAGAAUGGCGUUUUUGAGAAGCUGCGGCCCAUCUUCGAGUUUGUCCCAGGAGACAGAAGCCCUCCUCCUGCUCCCAAACAUGCCACCGCCGCAUCGAGCAAACCAAGAGUUCCGCGCGCUCCACCCCAGCCUCGUCGCCAACCAGUCUACCAACCCACCGACUACGACCACCUCGAUCACUCUAUGCGCGACGACGAGACCCCAGAUAAUCUCACUGUAGUCUCUGAGCAGGCCUACGACGACUACGACCAAUCGCAGUACUCCAACUCCCGCAAGAGAAGAAGAGUGGAAGACAUGGCAUCGCAGGCAGACAAAGAUCACCAGCUGUGGGCUGAAGAGCUCUUGGAUUACUUCGUUCUCCGCGACCCCAUGGACUCCAUGUCUUCUGCCCCUGCGCCGCCUGUCAACGUGAAUCUCGAUCGCCCCAUCGACGACAAGGGAUAUACCGCAUUGCAUUGGGCCGCGGCCAUGGGUGAUAUUGAGGUAGUAAAGGAUCUCAUCCGUCGCGGCGCCCUCAUCGAGACGCAAUCGAGGAACGGCGAGACACCGCUCAUGCGCUCCGUCAUCUUCACCAAUAGCUUCGACCGGCAGAUCAUGGAGAAGCUUGGUGCUUUACUUGUCCGCACUAUCAAUAUGCAGGACUGGUCGGGCAGCACUGUCUUCCACCAUAUCGCCAAUACUACGCAAAGGAAGAGCAAAUAUGCAUGUGCUAGGUACUACAUGGAUUGUCUGCUCAACAAGAUGGUGGAGCUGCUGGCAACGGACGACAUCGAGCGCAUCUUGAACAGUCAAGAUGGCAAUGGUGAUACUGCUAUUACCAUUGCUGCCAGGCACGGCGCCAGGAAGUGUGUCCGCAGUCUCCUUGGACGCAACGCCGCCGUUGACGUUCCCAACCAUGCUGGCGAGACCGCAGAUCAAUUGAUAGUCCAGCUCAACCAGCGUCGUCAGGAGCGAGCCAACCCCCGCCAACUCUCCUCUUCACCCUUCCAGGCCGACAACAACCACAGCCAAGGUGGACCGGUUCAGGCUCCCAAUGGCAUCCCGUUCGACCCCCUCAAUCCAUCCCUCAACGGCACCUCGUCACAGACCAAUGGCAGCACGCCCGACGUGUACAAAUCCGAGACCGCACUGACCCUCACCGCGCAAAUCUUCCCCGUCCUCAUCACCAAAGCCAAAGACCUCGCCGCCAGCAUUGACGCCGAAAUCGCGGAGAAAGACGCCGAACUGGCCGAAGCAGAGCGCGUCGCUGCCAUGCGCAGAGGCGAGCUAGAGCUUCUAAAGAGGCAGCAAGAAGAACUGCGCAUUAAAGAGCUCGAGCAAACGAGUGGCGGGGCCGUAGAUCGCGAGGCGCUAGAGAAGGAACUCGAAGGGCUGGAGAAGGAAUGUGAGGAGCUGGAGCGUGACGAACAAGGCCACGCGCUGCGUCAGGAGUAUGCGCGCCAGAAACUCGCUCGCCGCAGCAACGGGCACGAAGACCACAUCAUGACGGACGGAGCCAACGACACGGACAACAACGACGCAGGCGACGCCCUCAUCCGCACUCAGCUCGCGCUCGCCCGCCAACUCGCUCAACUCAAACGCCAGCGCCUCGACCUCAUCCGCCAGAUUGUGGUCAACCUGAGCACCGCGGGUUUCGGCGGAGGCGACAAGCAGAGCCAGUACAAGCGGCUCAUCACCGGCGCGCUUGGAGUGAAGGAAGAGGACGUGGAGGGUUUGCUGCCGGAGAUUGUGGCUGAAUUGGAGGUGGGUAGGGGCCUGGAGGCUGCUGGGGCGUAGGAUGUUGCUUGCUGUUCCUCUCGCUUGAUCACAUCGCCUUUCGGAGCAUGAACUUGGGCGAGGCGAGUUGGCGGUUUCUGUUUGUGCAUCGGAGUGGCCGCGUUGGUACGAGCAGCAUGUGUGUUGUGCUGCGUGACCCACCAAGUACAGACGGCUGGCGAGACGUAUAGUUUGCAUGCAUGAUGCCUUGAGAGAAAUGUAGCAGAGUUUCGAAUGCG